AAUUUAAUGUUAAAUAGUUAAUGUCAUUUUCAUUCUGAUAACAUCAUAAAAAUACAUUAUCCUUCCAAAACUCAGAUUAUUUCCUAUUUAUGUCGAUUAAUUUAUUAGUGUAACAGUUUAAAUCAUAUUUAGAGCAAUAGCGAACAAAAUUUAAGAGUUUAGUAAAAAUAGUUAAAGUAAAAUGGGUAUAUUUGGUACCGCAGCUGAUGCAGCUAUCACAGAAGAAAUUGAAACUGCGACUACAGAAAAAAAUGAUGAUGAAGAUUGGGGUCUUAUCAUGACCAUUUGUGAUAAAGCUGGACAGACGUCAGAUAAUGCAAAAGCUUAUUUUAGAGCAAUUAUAAAACGAUUGUAUCAUGAAGAUCCACACGUUGGAGUAAAAGCUGUUACAUUAUUAGACGCUUGUGUAAAGAAUUCAGGAAAAGUAUUCCACGUAGAAGUAGCUUCUAGGGAAUUUGAAAAUGAUUUUUCUAAAUUAAUGAAUAAAUCACACCAUACAGUAGCGAAAAAAUUACGAGCAUCUCUUUGUAAAUGGGCGGAGAACGAAUUCAAAUCUGAUCCACAACUAAAUCUGAUUCCUUCUAUGUAUAAUAAGCUAAAGAACAAAGGGCUGGAUUGUUCCUCUACAGAUAUGCCUGUUAAGAAGCCAGCGCCCCUCAGCAAAGAUCCAGACGUAGUUGAAUCUCAGGAAGAGGAAGAACAAAUUCUGAAAGCCAUCGAAUUGUCGCUGAAAGAGAGCGGGGGCUCCCCUCGUUCUUCGACGAACACUACAACCACCCAUUCGACUUCUCUGUAUCCGUCAAUGAACUUGAACGCUCCUUCGAGCGCGCCGGCAGGAGCAACUGCUGCUGCCGCUCCCUCUGCUAAGGAACCCAGGAAGGUUAGAGCUUUGUAUGAUUUUGAAGCUGCCGAGGAUAACGAGCUUACGUUUAAUAGUGGGGAAAUAUUAUUUGUAUUAGAUGACAGUAAUCCAAAUUGGUGGAAGGGAACCAAUCAGCGAGGUGAAGGACUUUUUCCAGCAAAUUUCGUCACAGCAGAUCUUUCCGUGGAACCAGAAAAAUUCUUGUACGAGAAAGCAAAAAAGAUGGUACAAUUUAAGGAAACCGCUGAGGUAAAAGUUGUAAAAGACGAACCAGAAGAUGUAGAAAUAAAUGAACAAAAAAUAGACAGGCUGUUACAUCUGUUACACGAAGCGGACCCUACUAAUCCUGAAAAAGAUACUGAUGAAAUGUUAAAUUUAGAAAGAGAAGCAAACGGUAUGGGACCUCUAAUAGACGCCGAGUUGGAGAAAGUUGAUAGAAAGCAUGCCCAGUUAACACAACUUAGUGCCGAUUUAGUUGAAGCUUUAGGUCUUUACCAUACUUUGAUGAGGGAACCACCCUUCCCCUCAAUAAGUAAAAUGCCUUAUGGAUAUCCUCCGUCGUCACACAUGCCCUUCAAUGGUACGCUACCUCCCAACGCCCAUCUUCCGAUGAUGCUCCAAGGAAACCAAGGCCCCGAUAGAGCACCUUUUAUGCAUGGUCCAGGCGGAAUUCCUCCAGCCAUAAUGCAGCAGAUGCAUAUGCAACACAUACCUCCCAUGGCGGGUGGACCUCAGUUACCUCAUCCGCAGAUGCAGCAACAGCUGCAAGGACCUCCUUCUCAGAUACCGCCACAGAUGCAGCAACAGAUGAUGGAGGAACGGAGGAUGGAACCUCAUAUGAUGCAAUAUGGACUUCCAAACUAUGGUCCAGCUAGUUCGGUGCCUCAGCCUUUUCCACCACAGUCGAUCCCGGGGUCAACAUCACAAACGAACGUAUCCAAUGGCGCCCAACAACACCCAGGCGUCCAAUAUGUUACUUCCAGUACUCAUAUGACGAACUGAGAAGAUUUACGUACCUACCGAAAUGAUAAUAUGUGAUGUAUUAUAGUUUUAUGAGAUUAUUGAGUGUCCCCCGAACUUCUGUCGAAUAACAAUCGUAUUCUAGCUGACUUUGGUCGUAUUUAUAUUUUAGAGUAUGCUGAAGAGCUUUAACAUCACUUUUUUUUGUUGUUGUAUGCUGGUUUUGAUACUAAACGAUAGAAGUGAAUGGUACCAAAGAAUUUGUUUAAUGUAGGAGGCUUUAACAAACAUUAAGACUUGUAAUAGCUUGUUAAUAGUCGAAAUUUUGAAAAAUGUGUUACGCACUUUUGUAAAUCAUUCCAGACUUGUUAAAGUGUCCUUAAUUGAAUGUGGACUUUGGCGAUACUCGAUAAUAAUCAAUAUUAUUGUGUAUAGAUUUGUUUCCUUAUUAUAACGCCUAAAAUGUAUAUCCUUUCUGUUCAUUAUUGUAUAAAACUAUUUUUCAAGUUAUGAACAAAACAUAAUUAUUAAAGAUA